CUCCCCCCCCGUGCCGGCAGCGGGUGGAGGAAGGGGAGGAGGAGGAGGCGAGGGCCGGAGCCGGGCCGGGGGGAUUUAAGGCCGCUGCCCCCCCCCGCCUCCUCCGCUCCGCGCCCGGAGGGACCCGCGACUGCGCCCAACUUUGUGCGGGACCGUCCCCGUGUGGCUUCCUCCUGUCCAUUCCCCAAGAGGAGCACUGAAGGGGCACAAUGAAGGCUUUCCUCCUCACCCUCCUGGCCCAACUCUGUUCGGCAUCACUGGUCCCUGAGAGGGAGAAGGACCCCGAGUACUGGAGGCGGCAGGCACAGGAGACGCUGCAGGACGCACUGAGGCUGCAGCACCUCAACCAGAACGUGGCCAAGAACCUCAUCCUCUUCCUGGGCGACGGUAUGGGUGUCUCCACCGUGACGGCUGCGCGCAUCCUCAAGGGCCAGUUGCAGCACCGCAAGGGAGAGGAGAGCCUGCUGGAGAUGGACAAGUUCCCAUAUGUCGCCCUGGCCAAGACCUACAACACCAAUGCACAGGUGCCUGACAGCGCAGGCACAGCCACUGCCUACCUCUGCGGUGUCAAAGCCAACGAGGGGACCGUGGGCGUCAGCGCAGGUGUCACCCGUGACCGCUGCAACACCACCAAGGGCCAGGAGGUGACCUCCAUCCUCCGCUGGGCUAAGGAUGAAGGCAAAGCAGUGGGCAUUGUCACCACCACGCGGGUGACCCACGCGACGCCCAGCGCUGCCUACGCGCACUCAGCCAACCGUGACUGGUACUCGGAUGGAGAGAUGCCCCUGGAUGCACUGGAGGGUGGCUGCAAAGACAUCGCCCGGCAGCUGGUGGAGAACAUCCCUGACAUCGAGGUGAUCCUGGGGGGUGGGCGCAAGUACAUGUUCCCCAAGAACACCAGCGACGUGGAGUACCCGCAGGAGGAGCGGCACCGCGGCACCCGUCUGGAUGGCAAGGACCUGGUGCAGGCGUGGCACGACGCUAAGCCUGCGGGGAAGGUCGCCAAGUACGUGUGGCACCGGAGGGAGCUGCUGUCGCUGAACCUCAGCCGCGUUGACUUCCUCCUGGGUCUCUUCGAGCCGGGGGAUAUGGUGUAUGAGCUGGACAGGAACAACGAGACUGACCCGUCUCUCAGCGAGAUGGUGGCCGUGGCCAUAAGGAUGCUGCAGAAAAACCCGCGGGGCUUCUUCCUGCUGGUGGAAGGUGGCCGCAUCGACCACGGGCACCACGAGGGGAAGGCCAAGCAGGCACUGCACGAGGCGGUGGAGCUGGACCGCGCCGUGGGGCUGGCCGGGCGCCUCACCUCCCCCCGCGACACGCUCAGCGUCGUCACCGCCGACCACUCACACGUCUUCACCUUCGGCGGUUACACACCGCGAGGGAACCCCAUUUUCGGGCUGGCCCCGAUGCAGAGCGACGUGGACCGCAAACCCUUCACCUCCAUCCUGUACGGCAACGGCCCCGGCUACAAGAUCGUGGGGGGCGAACGCGAGAACGUCUCCGCUGUGGAUUUCGCUCACGCCAACUACCAGGCGCAGGCGGCCGUCCCGCUGCGGCAGGAGACGCACGGUGGGGAGGACGUGGCGGUGCUCGCCCGCGGUCCCAUGGCGCAUCUCCUGCACGGCGUGCACGAGCAGAACUACAUCCCCCACGCCAUGGCCUAUGCCGCCUGCAUCGGCCCCAACCGUGCGCACUGCAGCUCCGCCGCCCGCCCCUCCGCCACCGCUGCGCUCUUGCCCAUCCUCCUCCUCCUCUUCCUCCUCCUCUGCUAAAGCAAAGCUGUUUUGGGGAGGGGGAAACGGGGGGAGGGGGUGGGGGGUGGAGAGGAGAGGUUUUCUUUUUGUGGGGGAAAAGAGUGAAAAGAAAGACUUCGGCGCAGCAAAGCAAAGCAGCGCUGGUGGUUUCGGUGCCGCCACGGCGCGCUGGGCUGUGCCCCUGUAAAUACAGCCUUCCUCCCCUGUCA